AUGUCUGGACUCCCCUUUCCCCAGAAGUCUUCGGAGUCUGUUGCAAAUAGCAUUGUGACAGCCAAAUAUUUAGAACUACUUGUGCAAGACCAGACUUACAUCAAUGGGUGCUGGGUGAAGAAAGAGCAGACUUUCAGUGUAUAUGAGCUGUGGAAGGCUCAGGCUCUCGGAGCUGUAGCAGACUGUGAUUUAAAUGACAUCCAGUCAGCCAUCGAAAGUGCAAAUGUAGCACAGAAGAACCUGCAUAACGCGGAGGCCUCUGCGGAGAUGGCACGACUUGGUUAUCCAUCUCUGAUCGGAAGGAUUCUAUAUCUAGAGAAUGGCAAAACUAUAAAUGAGACUAAAGGCAAAAUUGCCUAUGCAGCGAGCUUCAUUGCUUGGCUCGCCGAGGAAAGCAACACAUUCCGAAAGAGCCAAUCGGUGUCUGCGGGUAUCAUUACUCCAUGGAACUUCCCAGCUGCCAUGAUCAAUCGCAAGAUCGCCCCAGCUCUGGCCGCUGGGUGUGCCGUAGUUUUCAGGCCACCAAGUGAGACAUCAUUCACUCAUCUCGCUUUCACAAGGCUGGCUUCGAAGGCGGGAUUUCCUGGUAAGGCCAUUCAGGUCUGCCCUACGAAUAGGCAGGCGGCCUCAAGAGUUCGUGACAUGAUGUUCAACCUUCGAUGCUCGGGCCAGACUUGUGUGGUUAUCCACCGCCUCUAUGUUCAAAGAGGCUUUUUGGACGAGUUCACUCGGAGACAGGUGCAGAAGGUCUCUGAACUCGGGCUGGGACCCGGGAUCGAAGACUUAUGCACGGAAGGCCCGCUGAUUAACGUGUCCGUCGUCGACAAGGUUAAGAGUCAUCUAUUCUUCUUACAUCUACUCUUCUUACAGACAUACACUGAUCGGCAUCAAUAG